AUGACAAUAGAGAAAUUGGUCAAGGGAAUUUUUGAGAAACUACAGGAGGAGAGGGGAGGGCAGCUCCACUCUCCCACUAACAUCAUCCUCCUCUCUCUGGCUGUCUCAGAUUUUCUCGUGGGGCUUCUGUUGUUGCCGUUAGAAAUUUACAGGAACACAACUUGCUGGUAUCUUGGUGAAAUCAUGUGUGCUGUUUAUUAUUAUCUUGGCUGCCAAAUUCCAUUUGUUUCAAUUGGUAACAUUAUUUUGAUAUCAGUUGACCGCUAUGUGGCCAUUUGUCACCCUCUGCAUUACCCCACCAGAAUCACUGCAGUGAGAGUCAAACUGUGUGUUUUUCUGUGUUGGCUCUGGUACGGUCUGUACAGCAUAUUUUAUAUCCAAGAUCAGAUAAUUCACCUCAUUAAACCUGACAAAGAUGUUUCAUGUCUUGGACAGUGUUCAAUCAUUUUCAGCUAUGUUACAGGAGUGGCUGAUCUGAUUUUGACAUUUAUUAUUCCAGUGACAGCCAUUGUACUUCUGUACAUGAGAGUGUUUGUGGUAGCUGUGAUUCAGGCUCGCUCCAUGCGUUCUCAUGUUACAUUUGUCUCCGUUCAACAUCCAAGUAAAGUAAAAGCAAAGAGAUCAGAGCUGAAAGCAGCCAGGACUCUUGGGGUUCUUGUCUUUACAUAUUUGUUAUGUUUCUGCCCGUUGUAUUGUUAUACUUUCAUAGACAUCAAUUUGAUUGACACAUCUAAUCAAUACCUGUUGACUGGUUUGUUUUAUUUUAACUCCUGCCUGAACCCAGUGAUCUACACUCUAUUUUACCCCUGGUUUAGAAAAGCUGUUAAACUUAUCAUCACUCUGCAGAUACUGAAGCCUGACUCCUGUGUGACAAACAUACUGUAGAGAGACUGUGGAGUUACUGAGGUGAC